AUGGCCUCUUCCACCUCCUCCAACUGUGUAGAUUCAGUCUUGAAUGCUCUGGAAAAUCUGGAUGGCCUUUGGGAUUUAAAUGUUUAUCAAUCUGAGCAACUGAAGCGGGAGUAUAGACUCAUGAGGACAUUUCUUCUCUGCGCCAGAAUAUGGGGCACUUCUGACAACAAAGAGCAUGUAAGCUAUCUAGAAUCUUUCAUGUCUAAACUCGAAGCUGGUAUCCAUAAACUUGCACUCAAACUUCAAAUGGAGCAGAAAACAGACCGAGUAUUCAAUAAACGGCUGUUUAUUUUGACUAGUAGCGUUCAAAGGAGUAUCAAAAGUUUUAAGCAAACAAUCAACCAUUUUUACUUCAUUUUCUCGAAUAGUUUGUUGCAAACUAGUGAUUGUCUGACGGCGCAUGAGUUGAUGGAACUCAUCGACUCUGUCCUAGAGAAUCUGGUGGAUGUUCUCCUCUGCAUACUUGGAUAUGAUGAUCAAGAUCUGCUGGAACUAUGCAAAGACCUCCAGGAGAAGCUAAGGUUCUUCCAAAGUUUGAUUCGCUUUGCUGUGCUGCGAGUUGUUGAGCAAAGGCAACUGGGAGCUGCCUUAUCCCACAUCAAUUCUGUGGCUCUGAAUGCAGCAGACCUCUUUUCCAUGUGUUGGUUUGACAUAAAAGGUGAACAAGUGUCCAACCAAGUGCAAUAUAAGAUUUCAGAACUGUUACAGAAGAUCAACCCCUUUGAUCCUCAAGUCCGUGACAUUUAUAUCCAAGUCCUAGUAGCUUCUAAUUCAUCAGGAUCAUGCACUAUGUCGAAGGAGAGUAAUAAGCAUAGAUUGGGGAAUUUAGUUGAUGCUCUCCUAGAUAAUUUUUGGGAGCUACUUAAUUGCAAUACCGGGUUAAUGGAUUCUGCAACCAGUCAAAUGCAUAUAGUCUAUGAGGGACUGAGAUUCUUGAGAACAAUUCUUAAAAACCAGCAUGAGAACUUUGAUGAGCUACCUGAAAACGUGAAGGAUACUAUUGGAGAUGCUGUUGGUGAAGCUAAAAAUGUGAUCCACUCACUUUUUAUGCAUGAAUUGAAAGAGGACUCUGCCAAGGAUAUGGAUCUUGUGUUCUUUGCUUUCCAAAAAAAUAUUAAGCUUAUUGAGGCGGAAGUUGGAGACAGAUAUGCAGUAACAGCAACAUUUAAAUCUCCCAGCGCCAUCAUGGCAGAGGUUAAUCUUGUUAAUAUGGAAUAUGUGGGGAUUGGUGAUGAUGAAUUCAGCUAUGAAGCUCAAAAGGAAGCGCAGGCUACGCCCCAUUCACAGUUGCAAUGGACUUCGCCAACAUUCAAUCAAGUUGUGGUGGGAUUUCAUGAUGAGGCAGGACAAAUAAUCUGUCAGCUUACAGGAGGAUCAGGAGCAUUGGACGUUGUUUCUAUUGUUGGCAUGCCUGGACUGGGUAAGACUACUUUAGCUAAUAUAGUUUACCAUGAUCCGAUGAUUGUAUGCCACUUCCAUAUUCGUGCUUGGUGUUGUAUUUCUCAAGUAUAUGGAAAGAAAGAUGUGUUGUUUCAGAUUUUGGCUUGCAUUGAUCCUUUGCGUUCUGAUGAAUACUCUAGAAUGGAUGCUGAUGAUCUUGCUAUAGCACUCUACCAUUGUUUAAAGGGACACAGGUAUCUCCUAGUUUUGGACGAUGUUUGGGACAUUGAGGCUUGGAAUGCGUUAAAAGUUUCAUUCCCAAAUGAUGCCAAUGGAAGCAGAAUUCUUUUAACAAGUCGAAUUUCUAGGUUGGCGUUGGAAGUUAAACCUGCAAGUAAACCUCUCCAUCUUCGCCAACUUACUGAUGACGAGUGCUUAGAAUUACUACAAAAGAAGCUGGUAGAAAGAGGUGGAUAUCCUCCAGCACUGUUUCUAUAUGGAAAGCAUAUAGCAAAAGGUUGUAAAGGGUUACCUCUAACAGUUGUUAUCACAGCUGGGAUUCUUGCAAAUUUAGAGCAAGAUGGUUGGGAAGAAAUUGCAGAAAGUCUAAGUUCGGAAACCGUGUCUGGCACAGAACAUUGCAAAAGUAUAUUAGAGCUGAGCUAUAAACAUGUACCUCAUUAUUUGAAGCCAUGCCUUCUUUAUUUUGGAGCAUUUCGAGAAGAUCAAGAGAUUCCUAUCUGGAGAUUGAUGCGGUUGUGGAUUGCUGAAGGCUUUGUCCAAAAGACAGAGGUAAAGAGCCUAGAGGACACAGCUGAGGACUACAUAAUGGAUCUAAUUGGGAGAAGCUUGGUUAUGGUUGACAAACCAAAAUCUACGGGUGGAGUCAAAACUUGCCGCAUCCAUGACUUGUUGCAUGAAUUUUGUUUGAGAAAAGCCACAGAAGAAAAUCUUCUAAAGUUGAGACGUGAUGAUGCAGGACUUCCUAAGUUUGAUGAGCCAAGUAAUACACGUCGAUUGUUUAUUUACUCUAAAGCAAGGCAUUUUCAGAAGUCAAGGCUAUUUUGUCCUCUUCUAAGCUCUCUAGUGGUCUCCACCCAGAGCGAGGAAUAUGGAACUCCAUACAAUGUCUCAUCCAUUUUUCGCAUCUUCAAACUUCUGAGAGUGUUGGAUUUGGGAAAAAUUAAUCUGGGAUUUGUUUUUCCUGGCGAAAUUACGUUGCUUGUUCAGUUGAGAUACUUGGCGUUUGCAGGUAGCAUGAAUUACAUCCCAUCAUCAAUAGCAAACCUUUGGAAUUUGGAAACUUUUAUUCUAAAAUCUUUGCAUGGUAGACUUUUUCUCCCAGAUACUGUUUGGAAUAUGCAGACAUUGAGGUGUCUCCAUGUAAGUGGCAAGUUUUUUGAUCUUAGUUUGGCCAAAGACAAAUUGGGCAGCUCCUCAGAUUUGUGUAACCUAGACACUAUAUCAGCUCUUGAGCUUGAUUUGGGGCAAAGCAUGGAUAAGAUAAUGAAGAAGUUUCCAAAUAUCCGCAAACUGAAAUGUAGUCUCCGGGAAACAGAAGAAUCUUGUGGGGAUUGGAACAAGAUUGUGGCAAUGGACUUUCUGAGACGACUGGAGUCACUGAAGCUGUCUUUUUACCGUGUGAAAGAGAAGGAUUAUGAGUUCAGUUUCCCCAUGAAUCUAAAAAAGUUGACCCUGGAAGCAUUUCCCUGGAGUAUGAUUUCCUCAAUAGGAAGCCUACCUAAUCUUGAGGUUCUCAAAUUACUGGGUACAAAAGCUGGUGGGGAAAAAAUAUGGAACAUGGAAGAAGGGGAAUUCCCUAAACUCAAAUUCUUGAAAUUGGAAUUGUUGUGCAUUGUCAGGUGGACGUGCUCCGGUGAUCAUCUCCCCUGUCUUCAGAAAUUGGUUUUGGAAAGCUGCUUAAACUUGGAGGAGCUCCCUUCUUGUUUGGGGGAAAUUCCAACUCUUGAAUUGAUUCAGGUGCAUCGCUGUCCAGGCCAUGUUGGAAGUCUGGUUCAAGAGAUUAAGGAAGAACAGAUGAACUGGGGAAAUGUGAAUCUGAAAAUCCUUGUCUUAGAUCAAAGAAGAUUGUGA